ACCAGCUGACAGGUUGUGCUUAACUGAUGUGAGUAGCAUAGGCUGCAGCUCUAAAAGCUAAAUAAAACUUGGCAUGAACUUUCCAUGUCUUCACUAGAAAUUAGGAGCACGGGUGUUCAGAAAAUCUGCUCAGGCAAGAUAAAACCUAAAUCACAGGAAGACCAUUAGUUGCAUAUGUAUCACAUUCUCUUAGAAGAAAAUAUUUUUAAAAGUUGUGGUAAUGCCAUUUGCAUGUGUAAGAGAUCUUUGCUUCUGCAAAGAGAAUUGAGGUUAGAUUUUAUAUGUUGAUGUAUUUUGCUUCUCUAGGGCAGAAUCUUCUAACCUGUGAGAAACGGAAAAAAAUCAAAGAAAAGAGAUGCAGGAAAAACAUCCUACACGAUUUUAAGGACUUAAUAUGGAGAUGCUGAGUGUCCUGACCGACCAGACAAACGUAACCCACUGGAGUCAUCAGCCACUUGUCAGAUAUCAGCUUCAGGGAAUUUUUGUGCAUUACAAAAAGAGAUUCUGAAGGACCUGGAUGAUUACUAUGAAAAAUUUAAACGAGAGACAGAUGCCGUGCAGAAGAGGAGAAUGUUGCACUGCAUCCAGAGAGCCUUGAUUCGGAGUCAGGAACUGGGGGAUGAGAAGAUCCAAAUCGUCAGUCAGAUGGUGGAGCUCGUUGAGAACAGAACAAGGCAAGUGGACAGCCACGUGGAACUGUUUGAGACUUGUCAAGAGACUAAUGACACCACUGGAAACAGCGGGAAAGCCAGCCAAGAUAAGUCAAAGAACGAGACAAUCACGCAGGCUGAAAAGCCCAACAACAAGAGGUCGAGGAGGCAAAGGAACAACGAGAAUCGAGAAAAUGCCUCAAAUAAUCAUGAUCAUGAUGACAUCACUUCAGGAACUCCUAAGGAGAAGAAAGCAAAGACGUCCAAGAAGAAGAAACGAUCUAAGGCAAAAGCAGAGAGGGAAGCUUCUCCCCCUGACCUUCCUAUUGACCCUAACGAGCCAACAUAUUGCUUGUGCAACCAAGUCUCCUAUGGAGAAAUGAUAGGAUGCGAUAAUGAUGAGUGCCCCAUUGAGUGGUUUCACUUUUCCUGUGUGGGACUCAACCACAAACCAAAGGGCAAAUGGUACUGCCCCAAAUGUAGAGGAGAAAACGAGAAAACUAUGGACAAGGCAUUGGAGAAGUCUAAAAAAGAAAGGGCCUACAACAGGUAGUUUGUAGACUUUUCAACACGAAUAAACAACAGAACCACCAAACCAGUGUAUUUAUUGUCAGUGUCACCUUUGUUGAGGUGAAAGGAUUGUAAAAUGUAUAUUUUUAAAGGAGGUUUAAAACUGAACCAUUCCUGUUACAGGGACGGCAAUAAGCAAUUUUGGUUUUCAUUUGGUAAACUGUAACAAGAAUGUGGUCUGUGGACCAAUGUAUUCCAAAAGUAAAGUUAUAAGAGUUUAAACUGAGUAUGUGGAUGGGUCUUAAAAGAUAAAUUAAUACUCUUUUUGUUUCUCUUUUCUUUCAGUGCUGGCAGCACUCUACCCAUUAAAAUUUUGAUGACAAAUAACUCUGCAAUGUAAUUUUGUUUUCUUUGAUGAAAAAUAUUAUUUACCUUUUGGCCAAAAUUGUUAAACGGUUUAGCAAUCUGGUUGUGUCUGAAUAAAGCUGCAAUACAUUAAAAAUAUAACUUCUUUCAAUGAUAAGCAGUGCGAGAGCAAAUAGAAGGAGGGUAAAAUUUGGUUCCUGCUACAAAGUGUCAGAAUAACAGUUCAAUAGCAAGAGUUUAAAUAGGCUUAGAGGAUUAUUUUUAAAAAAGAAAUACAAGUUAAUGGUUAAAUUUUAAACAACAAAUAUUUUAUAUGCUGGCCAAAUACCACAAGGGCCAUUUUAAAAUUAUUGAAUAUGUUUUAUAUUUAACCAGGAAGUGGUUUAGUAAUGAGACUUCACAUAAAUGAAGCUUUAUACUGUCACAGAUAGUAGUGUAGCAAUCCUUAAUUUGUUUAAGUUGUAUAAAUGUACAUUUUAAAGUGGAGUUGCACUUACUGUAUUAUACUUGGAAAUGCAGCCAAAUGCCAUUGUGUAACCAAUGCGCAUUUCCUGCUGUAUGUAUGAAAAUUGUACAGCUGUGAUAUUAAGAAAUAAAUGAAACAACUUUGA